AUGAUCAAAAACGCCAGAAAACCAAUACUUAGGGCCAAUGUGCCUUAUAUUUCAAGGUGGCGCGUCAAGCAUUCAAGCACAUGCUCUAACAAAACCCUUACGCAUCCGGUAGAGGAAUCAUCUAAGGUGUUAAGACACCUCGAAUUUAUCAAACCCCUCGAGUUUCAGAAAGGCCUUCAAAUUCAAGAGAAGUUCGUCAGAGCUCAACUUGAUAUGAAGGCCUUAGAAUCGAAGAUCAAGCGAAAACUUGGUCUGUUGGAACUUGAAACCAAUGGAGCUCCCAUCAAUGAGCACGAACAAAAGAUACUGGACACCAUAAUGGAUAUGAAACCAAAUCCAAUUGUCCUGACAUUCGAAUUUGAGCCAACGUAUACUGGUGGAAAGAGAAGUAAGAAAGCGGUGUCAGAUGAGGAUAUACUGAACUUCGAAAACUUUAGACCAAAGGAUCAAGUGAAAAAUAAAAGUCCGAAGUUUGUUCAGGCGGAAAGAGGUGGGCAAGUCACUUUCCAUGGUCCGGGUCAGGUUGUGGCGUACAUUGUCAUGGACUUGAAAUCUUUUCACAGUUUCCCUGCUAAGUGUCUGGUGUCAGCAAUCGAGGGCUCCACUAUAGACACGCUAAAAAGUGCGCCUCAAGGAAAACAUAAAACGCCACUUAAUCUCCAGGCGAUCAGGACGGAGGAAACAGGAGUUUGGAUAGACGAAGAAAAUAAGAUUGCGAGCAUCGGCGUCCAUGUGCGCAGAUCGAUUACAUCGCAUGGAGUAUCAAUCAACGUAAAUCCAGAUCUUUCUUAUAUGAAUAGCUUCACAAUGUGCGGCCUUCCUGAAACAAGAGCAACCUCCGUACUUGAGCAGAUCCCCGAUACCACAUGCUCCACUCACGACAUUGCAGUAACGUUUGUGAAUAAGUUGGCAAAAAAGCUUGGGAUUACUACCGUGGAGAGAAUACAAUUAGAUGACAUAGAUAUAGACUAG